AUGAGCGUCAAAUCGAAAUCAAUACUUAUCGAUAAAGAUAUCAGCCAGAUGAACAGCAGCCCGCCAGACUACAAAGCGCUCUUUUUGAGGGCUGAGGAGGGAAAGAGACAGGCUGAGGAAGAAAAGAAACGGGCGGAGGAGGAACGCCAGCAGGAAGCAGAGUUCAGGAAACAAGCAGAGGAACGCCAACGGCUAGCAGAGCAGGAAAGGGACCAGGGAAGAGAACAAACACGACUAACAACCUUUACUGAGCUUAUUCGUUUCGGUCACGUCUACUUUUCUCGAUCUCUGCGAGCUGAAAGUCCGUCUCGUUCUACAACAGGGAAGAUACCAGCGCCUACUGGGAAACGUUGUCCGCUGCAGCUUCUGCAUUGGACUAACUGCGUAGCCGAGCAGCAAAAAGUCUACCGCUCUAUUUGCACUUAUUUGGCACCAUCAGAAAAGUCUGCCGCACGUUUAUUUUCACCGCGUCUCGAGCUGGAACGUUUAGGUAGACGACUUGGCAAAAGGGCAAUAAGCAGUGAACAAGAUUUGGAGAGUUAUGAGCGAUUUGCUGUGGAGGACUAUGUUCAUGAUGUUAUCGAAGAGCUCUGCAAGAUACCUGCUGCUCGAGAGGAAUUUUAUUUGGGCGAUGGGAUACGUUUUGACAACCACGCUAAUGCCCUCGAUGCGGCUGACACUGACCAGUCCCAAACGGAUAAACCACCAAGUUCCGGACGUUCUCGACCAGACCAGUAUUGCAUCCACCGCGUCGAUGGCGAUAAAAGUACAAUUAUUAUGACCGCCGAGUAUAAGCCGCCCCAUAAGCUAUCUGUUGAGAAUCUCCGAGCGGGUUUGCGACCAAUGCAGUUCUGGAAUGAGAUAGUCAGACCAGACUCCGUUCCCACGGAGGGGCCCGAGAAACUGAGAUAUAAUGCGGCCUGGCUAACCGGCUCGGCUGUGGCUCAGGAGUAUCAUGUCAUGCUCCAGGAAGGGCUCGAGUACUCAUAUCUGACUAAUGGAUUCGCAAUUGUUUUGCUACGGGUCCCUUAUGAUGAUCCGGGCACCUUAUACUACCAUCUCUGUGAACCCAACAUGGAAGUUACCGCGGAUGAUGAACUGAGUUCUCUACAACAGCCGCUAACAGCUGUUGCUCGGGUAUUGUGCUUAUGCCUCAUGAGUUUCCGCUCACAAUAUCGUGACCAGGAGUGGCGGAAUGCUACAAAGAAGUUGCCAGAAUGGAAGACAAGUUUCGAUCAUACACGUUCCCAGAUUCCGGGAUCGGAAUUGCAACAAAACCCGCCUGACUCAGAAUACACAGCAUCGCAGUAUACGAGUUCCGAACCUACUACAUCGGAAUAUAUACCGUCGUCGUCUCCUGCUCCACCCCCUGCUGACACCCGCCGAAUACCCACCCGGUCUCGAGUUAGCUGCGCGUCGCCGCAUCUGACUCCACGUGAUGAUUCUGAUUCUGACGCAGAUCAAGCUCCAGGAGGAAGAAAGCGUGGUUUUAGUCAGGUUCCAUCAUCUCCUUCGUCUCCAUCUGCUCAACGACAAACACGUCCGGCGGGAUCUCGAUAUAUCCAAAGCAGUGGACAAGGUCAGCAGCAUACCGCACAGUUUUGCACCCAGAAAUGUCUACGUAGCCUGCAACGUGGUGGUCAGCUGGAUGAUAACUGCCCAAACGUCAUGCUCCACCGACAGGGAGGGAACAGCAGCCAACACCCUAUCAAUGCUAAAAUGCUGAUCAAGCAACUCAAGCAGCAACUCGAUGGAAACAUCGACCGAGACUGCACACCUCUGGGGGGUUGUGGCGCAUCGGGAGUCCCAUUCAAAGUCACCUGUACAGCGUAUGGAUAUACUAUGGUCGGUAAAGGAACGACUUCCCGACGGUGGGAGGAAGUCAAACGUGAGGAAGUCGUAUACCGUGUACUCAACCAAGUACAGGCGUCUGCUGUUCCUGUUUUCCUGGGGUCAAUCGACUUGGCUAAAUCCUACUUCGUACAUGGAGCUGGCGAGAUCUGCCACAUGCUCAUCAUGGCCUGGGGGGGUGAUCCUAUACCUGAGAUUGAGCGUGAUAAGAGGAUACGUGAGAUUGCGAGAUCUGAGAAGGAGAUUCUUUCCCUGGGAGUCCUGCACCGGGACCUCCGGCUAGCCAAUAUUCUAUGGAACGCUGAGCUGGGACGGGCCCUGAUCAUUGACUUUCACUACGCGGAACUAAAUUACCAACCGAUGAAAAGGCGGACAGAGUCACGUGGGAAGCAUCCUUAUAGAGGAGAAUUGCAUAGGCGAAAACGACUUUGUAUUGUCUAA